UUCAUUCUCUGAUUCUGAAAUGAAAUUAAUCGACAGCCCAUGUUACCUGAAGGAGAGCUCCAAAUUGGUUGGUUUUAAGCUAAAUGACUACAUGUAUAACAUAUGCAAAUAUACAGAUUACAUCCACGUUGACAUUUGCAGCGGCUUGUGCAUCAGCUGGGAUCACAGUUCUAAUCGGUAACGAUCUCGGACAGUGUUCACAAAACCAUUGUGCAAGAUUUGAGACUGCAACUGCCAUGGCCUUCAUCAGCUGGUUCACCAUUUCCCCAUCCUUUCUGCUCAACUUUUGGACGCUCGCCUCCAGGUAAGUAGAACUUCUUUGGUAAAAAGUACUAGAGGGUAGAAAAGAACAAGUAAACACGCUUCUGACCUUUGGUCUACGCCUUUAUCUCACAAUUUCUUUGCUCAGAUUUACUCAAGAUUGUACAUAUAAACUGGUUUGAGCUUGUCAGUUUUCAUGCUUAUAUUACUGAAAUAUGUAAAUGGAUUGGGUUUGGCUGGAUUUGGUUACCUUUUUUUGUUGACUACACACAUCCUAUGGGUAUGUUGUUUCUUGU